CAACACAGUCACACAGCAUCGGCUUCUUCUGGUUCCGGUGAUCCGCUCUGCGAUCACACAGCUACAGGUUAGCGGCGAAAGCAACCCAGGGCAAGCUGACAAUCGCUAAAAGUUAACCAUUAACCAGUUGUCUUGUAAUAAUUCGCAGAAAGCGAGGCAGCUGGUUUAAAAGAAGAAAAGGGGUUAGUCAUUGACGAGGCUGUUACUGCCGCUCUACUCGGAUAACAGCGUUAAUGAGGGCUUAUUUAAUAAUGCCGACCUGACACUAGGGCUAUAACAGCAGUUUAUGGGAGCUCUGAAACCGGUCAAUAAACAUUCAAAACGGGAUCUUUAUUAUUAUUAUUAUUAUUUUAAAAAAAGCUUCCACGUGUGUGUGUUUUUUUUUUUCUUUUAGCCGUACAACCAAAACAGUAUGGUCUAUGAUGCGAUACCUGGUGGACAGUAAAGCUACCGACCGCAUUCCCGUCCCUAAUUCGGUCCAAGCAAGCUACCCUGCCUCAAUCAGAACAAGACGAGUCCACUUCAGCAUGACGAGAAAACUCUGACUAAGGGAACCGAAAUCGAGAAGCUGUGCAAGAAAGAACAGGCAAGCAGGCGUGGGUGUCCGGCGGGUCUGCUGACAUGUCCGUGCCCUCACCGGUCCAAAUCAAGGAGGCUAACGCUCACCUCGCCGCGGUGCACCGGCGUGUGUCAGAGCUGGAGCGGCGGCUGGCGGCGGCGGAGAACACGGUUCGGGAACAGGCGGAGAGUCUGAUCCGAAAAGACGAGCAGCUGCGGGCUGCCGCUCAGGAAAUCACAGAGGCCAAGGACAGGGAAAUCGCCUUCUUGCAUGAAAAGCUGUGCAGCUCCGAGGAGACCAUUCAGAAGUUCCAGUGCGUCAUCAAAGAGAAAGAGGGUUUGAUCUUACAGCUGAGGCAUCGGAGCCAGAUAUUGAGCAACAUCUGCAAGAGCCGCCCCCUGCUGGACAGCAUGCUCUCCUACAUGGCAGAGGCGGAGCGGCUGGGCUCAGUGGCUGGUGGAGGGGACACGGUGAGAAGCAUGCCUGUGGCAGAUGAGCGGGCUCAUUCAAACUGCAGCUCCAACAGACUUGUGAACCACAAGGAUUUCUCACUGAGCGAGGAUGACAACGACGAGCAGGACCUGGAUGAAACCGUGUUCGGGACGACUGUAUAGAGUUGAGUGGGCAGGUGCUACCACUGCUACAGCUGGAGUCAAGGGUUUUGCAUCACCUAGAAUUCAAGGAUUGAGACAUAAUUAAACUGUAUGAACGUAAUUUAGAUCUUUUAUUUAUCAUGUAAUCAAAUAAACUAUACAAUUAUAUUGUAAAAGUCUGCUGGAAGCCAUAAUAGCAGCACAGUAUACCUAGACUUUGAAAUGCCACGUUUUUCAAUUGUCAGUUUUUCUUGACGUAUAUGGAAAACUGCAAAGCGGUGUGUAAUUCAACGUGCUAACGUCACAUUAUUCAGUCUCAUCUUUCAGCUUGAUGAAGCAAAAUGUGUUCGUUCUAGUGGGUGAUGCAAAACCUUUGGUAAAGCCCCUGUAGCUCUGAAGGGUCACUUGGGACCCUUGCACUCGGCUGUGCCCCACGCGCGGUGGAAAAUUCCCAGCCGAAUGCAGCUAGACCAGCAGCGUGUCUCGUGAGAAAACAAAAAAAGAAGUCUGUUGUGAGUCUGUCUUUCAGGAUUUUUUUUUUUUUUAAUCUAGUUCUAGCACACAAAGAAAGUUGCAAUUACUGUAUAUAAAUAUCUAUAUAUUUUAAUACAUUUUUUAAAAGCUUUGCUUAUUCCACUUAAAAGGGGGGGUUGGUAUUUUCAAUUGUGGUGCAUUCUAUAGCAGUUUGACAGCAGGAAUCUGUGUAGUUACAGCAGUACAAUUGAGUUUUUUCACUUUGUUUUGUGAAACCAGCCCUGCGUGUCUUUAUCCACACCACAGGCUGUUAUAACUGUUCAUUGCCAGCAGUUUUCUUUUUUUUAUCUUUGCAGACUGGUAGACUUCAGAUCUAGGUCUUAAAAGCACUUAUUUUGGUUAUAGGGAGUGGGUAAUGUAAACUAUAUUGUUGUUUUGUUUUAAAUAGUUAAAUAAAUAUAAAUACCAAUAAUAUAUAAAUAUACUCUGGGGGGAAAACUUGCACCAAUA